AUGGCUGGAGUUGAAAUAAGAGACGAAUUUGGAAACCCAAUCCAACUAACUGAUGAACUCGGUAACCCUGUUAAGUUAACUGACGAACAUGGCAAUCCUAUCCACCUUACCGGUGUAGUAACCACCGCCACCACUGCUCUUAAUAAUCCCACUACAGCUUCCGGUACGGCCACCACUGCAGGUUCUGGUUUUGGAACUUCCGGUACGGCCACCACUGCAGGUUCUGGUUUUGGAACUUACGGUACUGGUGCUUACGGUGGUGGUGCAACUACACACACUAAAACAACAGUGGCAGAUCUAAUUUCCACCGAACCAGCCAGACAGCAUGUCCAUCACGCCGAUCAGGCUUCAGGAAGAGGACUCCAUCGCUCCACCAGUUCGAGUUCAAGUUCAAGCUCUAGCUCAUCAGAGGAUGAUGGAGAAGGUGGGAGGAGGAAGAAGAAGGGAGUGAAGGAUAAGAUAAAGGACAAGCUGCCAGGAGGAGGAGGAAGAGAAAGCAAGGACGAGCAUAAUUCAAAAGUUCCAACAGAAGGUGGUACCAACCCCCAUCCAGCUGAGGCAAGUCAUCAUGAGAAGAAGGGUAUACUCGAGAAGAUCAAAGAUAAAUUGCCUGGCCACCACAACCAUAACAACCACUGA